CGGGGCCCAACUCAUGAUCAUCUGCUUUAACUAGACAAAAAGACUGGCCUUCACUCGAAUCCUUGUUGCUUCCCCACCCUGAAUCUGAUUAAAUAAAAUAAAAAAUCCAGCGUUUCUUUUCUUCUUUGGGUUCCUUACUAUUACUAUCAACUGAACCCAUAAAUCCUUCGGGCCUUCUCUUCCUGUUUUGAUUUGAUAGCUUGUUGCAGCCAUGGAAACUGGUAAAGAAGAAGAGACGCACGUCUUUCUGGAUCCUGCUUCUCGAACAACUAAAGGGAAAAGGAUGACAAAGUUACUGGACGAGGAAGCUGAAGAAGACGAGUUGUUUUGGAAUCAAGAGGCUUUCAAAGAGGAAGACAAUGAUACCAAUUAUGAAGAAGAACAGGAGGUUGCUGAUGUGUUUGACAGUGAUUUUGAUGAAGAUGAACCUGAGCCAGAUGAUGAAGCAGAAAAUGAAACAGAGGAAAGGGUUCGUACGAAGAAGCGUUUAAUUUUUCCUGGAAAGCCUUCUAUGAAGAAAAAGAAGAAAAAGAAAGUCCUUUCGAAGUUAGAUGGUGAUCCCAUGGAUGAAAAGUCGACUCAAAAGCCUACCUCUCCACAACAUCAUGAUGCCCCUGAUGAUGCAGAAGGUGAGAGAAUCAUUAGGAAAUCUACAAGAACUUCAGUCAUUGUUAGGCAAGCUGAGCGAGAUGCAAUACGUGCUGCUUUGCAAGCAACGAUGAAGCCAGUAAAAAGGAAAAAAGAAGGUGAAGAAAAGAGGAUGACUCAAGAAGAGAUGCUUCUGGAAGCAGCACAAACAGAAAUCAUGAACUUAAGGAAUUUAGAGCGUGUGUUGGCAAGAGAGGAAGAAGUUAAGAAAAGAGCAAUAAUCCACAAACCUGUAUAUGGCGGUCCACAGAUUAAAUAUGUGUCAAAAGAUGGCAAGAGUUGUUCAUAUCUAGAAUUUAGUAAAGGAUUGUCAUUUCAGUCAGAGCUCUCAACCACAUCGCCCCCAUACCCAGAAAAGGCCAUUUGUGCUGUUACUGGAUUGCCUGCCAAGUACCGUGAUCCAAAGACAGGGCUACCUUAUGCAACCAAGGAAGCCUUUAAAAUUAUUCGAGAACGUUUUGAAAAUGAGCAUAGAAGUGCCCAAAAGGAAAUGGACAUGGGGGUCUUGUUUGAUUCCCUUUCUGGUAAAGGUUUAAUGCCCAGGCAGAGGAGAUCGCACAUUUCCAAUAGAAGUCAAACAUCACGGUUCCAAUACUUUGGGCAUUUCCAUAGAACCCCAACUGAUGAUGAUGAAGAAUCUGAUUAGUUGAUAUGAGCAACUCUCUCUAUGGUAGUAACUGCUAGCUACAGUGUGAUUCAUUUUAUAACAGGGUGAUGCUAAAUCAAGGACAACGGGAUAUGUUCCUGGGAAGACUUUAUGUUGUUACAGCCACUUGCAACAGCUAGCUACAGAGUGAUUCAAGUUCUUCCAUGGGAACAUGGUUUCAAGGUUUGAGCUCUCUGCCUAAAUGCUUACCCUGAUUGUUUUUGUGAUACUCAUCCAUUUCAUUGUUAAAAGGAUUAUUUCCCUUUGCAGUAGGGAUUAUACAUUUGGGCAGGUUUAGACCUUUGCAAUGUGGCUGUUUAACUGUAAAUGAGACCUAUGGCUAAACUAUAGACUCUGGAAAGUUUUUAAACUUUUCCUCUGGCAUAUAGAAUAAGAAUCAUUGUUCAAACUGUA